CCGCGCGACCGCGUAUGCGCGAACUUCAUGAACUUCAUCAAUCAUCCCUCGAACGCUGCGACUGCUGCGAAUAAAUUCCUAUAGAAUAUUGUAUUCUUCCUUCAAGAAAAAUAUGAUCAAGGAAAGUGAAAAAAGGCGAAUGACAUAAAUUACCUUUACGAUUUCACUCGGCCUCUUUUUACCGAUUGCGAAUGCGACCACGCGGGCACGCGCAUGUGUGGCGAGAACUGUCACCAACUCGCACCCACGUCAAUUUGUCAACAGAUUGCCUUGUCAAAUGUCAAACUUCUCGCACGUAUAAUCGGUAUAAUUCGCGUAUAAAGGACAUUUAGUAAGCCUUAUCAAUGGCGGCGAUUGAUAAAGUUAAAAUUAUCGUAGUAGGCGACUCAGGCGUCGGUAAAACAUCGCUGACACAUUUAAUAUGCCAGCAGCAGCCUAUCGGCAAUCCUUCCUGGACGAUAGGUUGCUCGGUGGAGGUCAAGUUGCACGAGUACAAGGAGGGCACGCCGAAUCAGAGGAGAUACUUCGUCGAGCUGUGGGACGUCGGCGGCAGCCAGAGUCACAAGAACACGAGAUCUGUGUUUUACAAUCCCACGAACGGCAUAAUAUUAGUCCACGAUUUAACGAAUCGUAAAUCACAGCAGAAUCUGCAGAAGUGGCUGGAGGAGGUUUUAAGUAGGGACGGAACUUCCUCAAGGUCCAAGUCGACGUUCGAGGACUUUGAUCCCGAGAAGUUCGUGGGCUCGACGCAGAUUCCAAUUUUGGUCAUCGGCACAAAGCUCGAUCUGAUCUCAGAGUCCAAUUUCGUUAAGUCCAACAUACACAGACGUUCCGCGACCAUCGCGGAGGAGUGCGGCGCGGACGAAAUAUUUCUGGACUGCCGUCAGAUAAGAUCCUUAGCGGCGGGCUCCAGCUCGUCCGUGAAGCUCAGCAGAUUCUUCGAUAAGGUUAUCGAAAGACGCUACUACUCCAGAGAAGCGAUGAGCCCCGACAAGCGAAGGCCGCCGCAGUACACCUCCUCGCUCUAUCCCAAGUUUUAUCACAACGACUAAAGUACCCCAAGAGAUCUCGAGGAAGAUCCUAUUUCAGAGUUACACGGAACAAUCAUUCUUGUGGCACGGAGAACGUUACAAGAUUGCGCGGAUUAAGUAUAUUGCAAGGCUAUCGCAUUUCGCAUUUCUUAUCCACAUUCCCAAUUUCUUCCCCCGGAAGUCAGAUAUGCUCAAGAGAAAGAGAGAGAGAGACAACUGUGAACGCAACAGAUUGAAAAUAUAUUAGACAUUCGAUAUAUUUUUCAC